ACAGAACGCAUGACUUUUGUUGCACUGAUUGGCUCAUGUCUUUAUCAUUUCCAUUGGUUGUCGACUAGUACUUUUUACGCGUUCAUUGUGCGCAAUCGCGUGUAACACAAUCUGUCAGACUCUUUCAACCGCACGGUUUACGAUGACUGACACUAAAAAGGCAAAGGAUACAAAAGUAAAUUCUCCGGAGAAGGCAAAAGCUUCUUCGGACAAAAAAGAUGGAAAAAAGGGUCGAAUUAGGCCAAGAAAUUAUGAUUUGGGAAAUGGAGUUUAUAGAUUCAGUCGUACCCGCAUGUUUCACAAGAAAGCCAUUUACAAAUUUAUUGACAAGAAAACUCCAAAAACGGUGAAACCUAAGAAACCUGUAACCAUUGAAAAGAAAAUCAGUGGUGACAAAAAUGGAGAGAAACGUAUUGUAUUAUUAAAAAAAAGGCGUGCUAAUUAUCCCACUGCUGAUCCAGUAACUGUACAUCAUGCUAAGAAAUGUUUCCGUGAUCACAAUCGUUAUUUGAGACCCUCAUUGAAACCUGGAACUAUUUGCAUUCUACUUGCUGGAGCUCAUAAAGGAAAAAGAGUUGUAUUCUUAAAGCAACUUAAGAGUGGUUUACUUUUAGUUACCGGUCCUUUCUUGAUCAAUAGUUGUCCACUCAGAAGAGUUAGUCAAAACUAUGUUAUUGCUACCUCUGCGCGUCUUAACAUCUCUCAUUUGAAACUUCCGGCUCACAUAAACGACGAUUAUUUCAAGAGGAAACGUGAAAAACGUGCGAAGAAGGAAGAAGGUGAUAUAUUUACCAAGAAGAAAGACGAAUACAAAGCAAGCGACCAGAGGAAAGCCGAUCAGAAAGUGGUUGAUAAAUUUGUGAUUUCUGCAAUCAAGAAGCACAAGGAGAAAAAAAUGUUAUUCACUUAUCUGUCGGCGAUGUUUGGCUUAAGAAGCAGUCAAUACCCACACAGAUUAAAAUUCUAAUUUUCUGUGAUUUCAAUAUAAAUAUAUAAUAAAUACAGAAACAA